AUGUUCAAGUUCGUAGUACUCUCCGCUCUUGUGUGCGCCGCGUUGGCGGAGCCCGGCGUGUUCCUGGCACCCAACACGUACACUGGAGCCAUCCCGGCUCCCGUCACCAGCACCUAUGUCCAGCAUUCCAGCGCCAUCUACCCUGCAGCCGUGCCCAGCGUAUACACCGGCUGGUCCUACCCACACUACAUCAAGAAGCGCGAGGCGCAGUUCUACAACGGCUACAUCUCUAACGGUGCCUACGUCGCCCCAGCAGCCCUAGCUACCCCGUACGCGUCCACCCUGGUAGCGCCUGGCAUCGCGGCCGCGUACUCUCCCGCCGUGCUGCCCUACGCUGCACCUGCUCACUUCAUCAAGAAGCGCUCCGCCUCCCCCUCCCCCCAGCUGCUCGCCGCACCCCUCGCCUCCGCCUACGUCGCCCCCGCGCCCCUCGCUUCCACCUACAUCGCCACCGCACCCCUCGCUGCAACUUACUCCUCGCCCAUCUACUCCAGUGCAGCGUACUAUCCCACCUACAGCACUGGAUUCCCUUUCAUCAAGAAGUAA